CCCGGGGGGUGGCUUCCAACCAUGGCUGCUGCGAAGCCUUGGGACUGUGCGGCAGAGCCAAAUGCUGCGGCGCUACUGCUGGACCGUUUCGUAGCUUCGGGACUGGUCACUAAGGAAAUGUUAAAUAUAUCUAAGAAGUCAGCUUCCUGCUUUGUGAACUUCUCCAGACUACAGCAGAUCACAAAUAUUCAAGCUGAAAUCUACCAGAAAAACCUGGAAAUUGAACUUUUAAGACUAGAAAAAGAUGCAGCAGAUGUUGUUCAUCCUUCCUUUUUGGCUCAGAAGUGUAAUGCUCUGCAAAACAUGAACAAUCAUUUGGAAGCAGUGCUAAAAGAGAAGAGGUCCCUGCGGCAAAAAUUGUUGAAACCCAUGUGCCAGGAAAACUUGCCCAUUGAAGCUGUUUAUCACAGACACAUGGUACAUUUGCUGGAAUUGGCAGUGACUUUCAUUGAAAGUUUAGAAAACCAUCUUGAAGCAAUUAGAAAUAUCCCUCAUUUAGAUGAAAAUCUAAAGAAAAUGAGCAAGGCUUUAGCAAAAAUGGAUAUUUUGGUGACUGCGACAGAACAGCUGGCAGAGAAUAUACUCAAGUGGCGAGAACAACAAAAGGAAGUUUCCUCUUGUAUCCCCAAAAUACUAACUGAAGAAAAUUAUCUUCAUAAACAUGAUGUUACAACGCCAUCUUUACCUUUUACUUCUAAAGUUCAUGUCCAAGCUGUUAAUACCAAGUGAUGGUCAACAGUUUAUUUUUGUUUAAUUACAUGUAGUCAUGUGAGGUCUAUUUCUAGCCAAUUGUAACAUGGACAUUUAUAAGCUCUGCUGCUAGCAAUACUGAAAGAGCCCUCUUUAUAUUGAAGCACUAAGAUUCCAACUUCA